GACGGACAGAGACAGACAGAGAGACAGAGAGAGACAGACAGACAGAGAGACAGAGAGAGACAGACAGAGACAGACAGACAGACAGACAGACAGAGAGAUGGUCACAGGUUGGUCAGGGUGGACGGCAGUCUGCCUGCUGAUGGGUCUUCAGCAGUCAGGUGGCCAGGGGGUGAAGUGUUUCACCAGGUUCAACAGCGCCUCUGGAGGGUGUGAGAACCUGCUGGGGGACGUGGAGCUGGACGACUGCUGUAUGAACAUCAACUACGCCUACACUGGACCUGACGGAGCAUGUCUGUCCUGUGGCCUGCCGACCUGGUCUAAGUGGUCUCCCUGGGGCCGGUGUUCGGUGCCAUGUAAAGAGGGCGUGGCCUUCCGGAAGCGUCGGUGUGACGGGCAGGGCAUCUGUCCUUCUGACAAACUGGGGACAUUACAGAUGCAGCCCUGCAAAGUGACUGACUGCUGCCCAGAGGAGAGCGUAUGGGCAGAGUGGGGAGCGUGGGAGACCUGUUCUUCCAUGUGUGACAGGCAGGGCACCAGACUGCGACACAGGUCCUGCUCAGCUAAGAAAGGGGCAUGUAGCACCAAAUGUGAAGGGUCCAGUGUGGAAAGAGGACCUUGUUCAGUGGAAGUCCCGUGUCCAGUGGAUGGACAGUGGUCAAACUGGGACGGCUGGCAGCCGUGUUCCAGCUUGUGUGUGCAGGAGGGAACCAGCCUCCCCACAAGGACCCGCCUCCGCUCCUGUACUGCCCCCAGCCCCUCCACCCACACAACCCCCCUGGGGACGCCCUGCUCUGGGCCUGGGACAGAGACCGAGGACUGUCACGGCCUGCCCUACUGCCCUGUGCAUGGAGCCUGGGGGGCGUGGGCCCCCUGGCAGGCCUGCUCCGUCACCUGUGGUGUGGGCGUGCAGAAGCAGGGGCGAGUGUGCGACAGCCCGGCUCCUAAACACCGGGGGAACCCCUGCCCCGGUUCCAACAGCCAAUCCAGAAUGUGCAAAACACACAUUUACUGCCCAGUGAACGGUCAAUGGGACAGCUGGAGUGAGUGGACAAAAUGCGAAAAUAAAAACCCUAAAGAGGACAGAACUUGUCACCCGAAAAUCUAUGGUUAUCAUACCCGAGAGAGAGACUGUCAGUACACAGCACACAACGGCUCAGCUUGCCAAGGAGACACUUUCGAGACCAGAGCCUGUUUCAAUAUCGAUGAUUGUGAUUUUGAAAGUAACAUUAGUGAAUGGGGUGAGUGGGGUCCAUGCACUCUACCAUGCCAGGUAAACCACAGAGGCCAACCGAUAAAGACCGAGAGAAAGAGGGAGAGGACAUGUGACCUGGACAUGUCCAAAUACCCGGAAUCAAUAGGGAAGAACAAACAGGAACCAGGCUUCUGGGGGGUUCCAUAUGUCAACUGCACAAAGGAUUUUUCGCAAAAAGAGCCGUGUCAGAAUGUCCCUGCAUGUCCUCUGGACGAGAAGAAUCUUUAAAAUGAGUCUAACCCACAUCCUCUUCACGCCCAGUUCAUAUGACCUUCAUGAAGUCUUCAACAUCCUCUGACGAAAUAAACAGUGUCUCCUGUC